AGCGGCGGAAGAGGCGGCAGGUGAGCGGCUCGGCGGGCACGGGAACCCCCGGCACCGGCACCGGCACCGGCACCGGCAGCGCGGGGGAUGCUCACCAAGAAACCCUACGACAGCCCCUCCGCCGCCUACGGGCCGCCAACGGGCGAAUUUGGCUACGACUUCUCCGCCCGCUCGCCGCCGCCGGGCUCGUACUACAUCGAGGACGCGCCCCAACAUUUUUACAAGUGGUCGUCGCCGCCCGGCCUGGUGCGCAUCCUGGAGGUCGCGGUCAUCCUGCUGUGCAUCGCCGUCUUCGCCUGCGUGGCCUCCACGCUGGCCUGGGACUACGGCUACGGCUACGGCAUUUACGGCAACGCUCUGGGAGGCUUCUACGGCUCCGGUUAUUAUGGCAGCGGCCUCAACUACGGCUAUGGCUACGGUGGCUACUACGGCGGGGUGACCAACCCGCGGGCGGCCAACGGUUUCAUGAUGGCCGCGGCCGUGCUCUGCUUCCUGGCCCAGCUGGGGCUGCUGGUGGCCAGCCUGAGCAGGUCCGGCGCGUCGCGCUCGCGCCGGUUCUACCUGGUGGUCAUCGUGGCCUGCGCCGCGCUGGCCCUGCUCGUGCUGGUGGCCACCAUCGUCUACGUGGUGGGGGUGAACCCGCAGGCGCAGAUGAGCGGGGGCUACUACUACAGCCCGCUGCUGGCCAUGUGCAGCCAGGUGUACAGCGGCGGCGCGGUGCUCAACCAGUACCUGUACCACUACUGCACCGUGGACCCGCAGGAGGCCGUUGCCAUCGUCUGUGGGUUCCUGAUCGUGCUCCUGCUGUGCCUCAUCUGCCUCUUCGCCCACAAAACUCGCAGCAAGAUCUGGAAAUACGGAAAACACAACAUUUACUGGGACAAAAUCCCGGCCGGCCCCGAGGGGCCUGACGUGGAGGAGUGGGUGAAGAACGUCUCGGGCGGCACCAGCGUUCCCGACGAGGCCGCCACCGUCGCGUACUCGGAGAAGGGAGAGACCCCCGGCCCCGCGCCGCCCUACAGCCCCCCCUCGUACUGCGACCCCCCCCAGAAUGGCUGGAAAAGUGACCCCCCCGAGGAUGUCCCCACCCCCUCUGAGGACCAGGGCCGUGCCCACGCCCCCUCCAAGCCCCCCGCCCGCCGGGGCCGCCGGGGCCGGCGCCAGCCCGAGCCCGAGGACUCGCAGCUCUCAUCCCAGUACUCCCAGUGCUCCCAGUACGACACCGACCACACCACGGCCGCGGAGUCCGGCGAUGAGCGCGACCACGAGCAGUGGCACAGGCUGUUCCCGCCGGUGCGCUCGGCGGCCGAGCGGCAGCGCUACAAGGAGGAGUUCGGGGCGGAGCUGCGGCGCUACAAGGAGCUGUGUGCGCACCUGGACGGCGUCAGCCGGCGCCUGGCAGAGCUGGGCACGCAGCUGGACCGGCUGCCCGAGGACAGCGCCCAGUACCAGGCCCUGGCCGAGGAGUACAACCACCUCAAGGACCUGAAGCGGAGCCCGGAGUACCAGGACAAAAAACAGGAAUCCAAAACCCUGCGGAAUAAACUCUUCCACAUCAAGAGGAUGGUGAGCGACUACGACAAACUCCGGGGGUGACCCCGAAGCCACCACCCCUCAAAAAAAGGGACGUUUUUAAGGGGGGACACCCCCAAAAUCCCCUCCUGACCCCCUACAAAGACUUUUGUGCCUUUUUUGGGGGGGGGUUUAAAGCCCCAAAUUCCUCAUUUUGAGCCUUCCCCUGAGGGUGUGCGGGGGCUGGUGGCAGCUGUCUGUGUGACCCUCCCCAGCCCCUAAAAUGUCCCCAAAAUGUCCCCCACACCCUCUGGGGACCCCUCCCAGUGCCUUGGUUGUAAAUAGGGUUUUUAAUGGGGUUUGCACCCCCCAGGCUGCCUUAAAAGGGGUUUUGGGACUCCCAAAUUGGGGUUUGGGGGAUUAAAAAAACCCUUUGGGGGUUAGUUUUUUUUGUUUUGUUUUGUUUUAGGGUGGGGGGACUCAAAUCCCAAAAUGUUUUAUAGGGAACGGUGGGAGUUGUGUAAUAUUGUAAUUGUUUUGUAAUAA